AUGGGCAAUCUGCACGACCUAAAGGAGGGCACAAACAUGACCCCCUUCCACCUGGUAUACGGCGGAGAGGCAAUCGUCCCUGUAGAGGUCAGAGUGGAGUCCGAUCGGGUAAAAUACUACGGUGAAGACAACACCGAGCGAAGGCUUGUGGAACUUGAUUUGGUAGAUGAAGCAGGGGACAAUGCAACCAUUCGGCUAACAUCAUACCAGCAGAGAAUGAGGCAGAAUUACAACUGGAGGGUGGUCCCAAAGUCGUUCCAGGUUAGCGAUCUUAUGUGGAAAAAAGUGAAGUCGGUCGGUGACGUCACCAAACUUGAAGCACCAUGGGCGGGACCCUUCAAGGUCGUCGAAAAGCUCCGCUCAGGAGCCUACUAUCUUGAGGAUGAGAAUGGAAGGCGACUCGAACGGCCAUAG